GCUCCUUAGGGCUUGUUCUAAUAUCCUGAAUCACAUAAUGCAAAUAUAUUGGUUAGUGGGUGCCCUAGUUUUAAGUUCAUUUUUCUUUGAAUCGUAUUGUGAGUGCAAUGUUAAUUCAACAACAGAGGUUUGUUUGAUGGGGGAUUGUAUUGGUGGGGCAUGUGUGUGUCAUAAUGGUUGGGCCGGGGAUCUAUGUGACCAUUGUGAUGGAAGAAUACUGCUCGACACUGACAAUGGAAUGUUGUCUGACAGCCCAGGAGAUUAUGCAGCUAAGAGUAAAUGUUCCUGGCUGAUUGCACCAAAAAACAGCACUUCACCAUUACGAUUAUCAUUCAAUGAAUUUAAAUCUGAAUGUGGUUGGGAUUAUCUCUACAUUCAUGAUGGGGAUUCAGCAUUCAGCCCUCUCAUUGCUUCAAUGAAUGGAAUCACUUAUCCAGCAGGUCAGAACAAUUCCUACAACCCAGAAAUAAUUGCAACAUCAGGAAAAGCAUUUAUUCACUUCUAUAGUGAUGUUGCUUAUACUAUGAGUGGUUUCAAUAUGACGUACACAGUUGAUGAGUGUGUCUAUGAUUGCUUCAAUAGGGGAAACUGCACAGUGGGCAAGUGUGAAUGUGGAAAUGGAUGGCAUGGUAGUUCAUGUCAGGCACAAACUUGUCCCAACAACUGCAGUGCUGCACAAAACUAUGGCAAAUGCUCAAGUUCAUACCCAGUUGAUCAGUGCGAUUGUGAAACUGGCCACACUGGCCAGGAUUGUUCACUGCCUGCACCAAGUACUAAGGGUGUUUGGGAUAGUUUUGAGUUCAAUCCUCGUGCAACCACACCAAGUGCUUCAUACGCAGCAGUUUCAGUUGACCACCAGAUUUGGGUGUAUGGGGGCAUGAAGUUUGGUGUACCAACUAUGCAAGACCUGUUCAUGUACAAUGUUUCUUCUCAAGUAUGGAGCACAGUAGUGACUUCGAACCAGACGUACCCGCAGUCAAGAUAUGGCCACACGAUGGUAGCAUGGGAAAAUUCUUUGAUUGUUUUUGGGGGGAAAUUAACAAAAACCGAAAAAGCCGUUGACCAUAUUUGGCAGUUCGACAAAAUCAAUUCAACAUGGAUGAAAAUUGAUUAUGAUGUCACAUUCAACAAACAAUUAAACAAUGAGACGAGUGUAUUGGAGUUAUCGGGUCAUACAGCUGACAUAGUUACCCUGAAUAACAAUGUAACAAUCAUGCUUGUGAUGUUUGGAUAUCAUCCUGUGAUGUCAUACAGCCAAUUUGUGUACGAGUAUGACAUCAUAAACAAGACAUGGCACAGGCCACAAACAGGAAGGGUCGGUAAAAAUAAAAUACCAGGAUUAUUCGGACACACAACUGUAUACGAUCCAACUACGAACCUAAUAUACAUCCAUGGUGGGGCAAUCAGCGUGCUCAGUUCAAUAGCACUGGUUUCAACAACAUACGCAUACAAUCCUAACAGCAAAUGCUUCACAAUACUGAAAUCAUCAGACCAGCCAAGAUAUUUACAUUCAGCAAGCUUAAUAAAUGGAGUGAUGUAUGUGUAUGGUGGAAACACACAUAAUGAUACAAAUGAAAGCAAAGGAGCCUUAUGUUACUCACCAAGUUUCAUGGCUUAUAAUAUACAAUGCAACAGCUGGCACACUUUAAAAGAACAAUCCAACAGUUUAAAUCCAAGUCGUUUUGGUCAUGACAGUGUUGUUGUGACAUCGCAAUCACCAACAAUGACCAAUAGUUUGUUCAUAUUCAGUGGUUAUGAUGGUAUGAUGGUACAUGAUGUGUUGACUUAUCAACCAGGCAGCUGUGAAGCAAUUUUCAAUGAAACAACAUGUAUAGGCAGAGAGGAUUUAUCUUGUAUGUGGGAUGGUAAGAAAUGUGGAUUGGGAGCUUUUAAUGAUACUGAUACUUGUAAGAAAGGAAGGUCCAAUAUACAAACAUCUUGCUCAAUUACAACAGUGGAUUUUUGCAAAAGUUUUUCCAAUUGCUACCAAUGUAAUAGUUUGGAUGUUUGUUUAUGGACAGAGAGAGGUUGUGAGGAAAAACUUGAUGAUAGUGUUGGCGUAAUAUGCAGCACAGCGUGCUCUAUGGCCACCACGUGCAGCUCAUGUGUCACCACCGGUGCGUGUAUGUGGUGUUUGAACCAACAGCAGUGUAUUUCCACAAACUCGUAUGUUGUACAGUACCCCUAUGGUCAAUGCCUGGAAUGGACAAAUAAAGGAUCUUGUCCAUUGUAUGAGUGUUCUGCAUUAAAGACAUGCGGAGAUUGUCAGCAUAACCCAAAGUGUGGUUGGUGUGAUGAUGGAUUACAUACAGGGCUCGGUACUUGUAUGGAAGGCAGCAGUGCUGGACCCAUGGUGUUUGAUAAUGUCACUGAAAACUAUCAAGUGUCAGCUGGUAUGUGUGGAACUGGAUGGUAUUUCACUUCGUGCCCACUUUGUCAGUGCAAUGGACAUAGUAAGUGUGACGCAAACAACGUUUGUAUUAAUUGUGAAAACAACACAACUGGAGACCAAUGCCAAACCUGCGCACUUGGAUAUUAUGGCGACCCUAGGAAUGGGAACAACUGCACUCAGUGCGAAUGUGGGAUAAAAGCGGAGUCCUGCAACUCAGCUACUGGAGCUUGUAACUGUGAUACCAAAGGUGUGAAUGGCAGGUCAUGUGAAGCUUGUGACACAGAUAACGGUUACACAGGGAAUGCCACGGGCAAUGGGACAUGUUUCUACUCACUUCUUAUUAAUUAUCAAUUUACAUUCAAUUUAAAAAGUGACGCAGACGACACUUAUGUUACAAAAAUUAACUUUAAAAACAUCCCCCCACUUGAAGAAGAUGUGCAAAUGAACUUUUUGUCAAGUCAAUCAAGCAACAUCCGGUUUGCUGUCAUUUCAACCGCUACACAGAUAGCUUUUGGUGGAGAACAAACAAUCUUAUUAGUGGAGAAUGUGACAGAUUAUACGUUCACAUUUUAUGCGAGCAAGUACAGGAUAGGGCAGGAUGGACUAAAUACAACAGUGAGAAUUUAUGUCUCGGAUUUCAAAACUCCAAGCCUUAUAAAGAUCUCUUUACUCCAACGAAGCAACCGUCUCCUCAAAAUCCUCCUGAUCCUUUUCUCCUCCUUCCUUGUGAUCCUCCUCAUAGCAGCCGUAACAUGGAAGAUGAAAAUGAUGUACGACGUGCAUAGGUUACGCGCUAAUCGAGCAGUGGAAAUGGCUGAAAUGGCAGCACGACCAUUUGCGGCGAUUGAUCUGUGUUGUGAUGAUAUGUAUAGGUCAACACAGGCAUUAAUGUCUAAAGAAGAAACAGAAAUUUGUUCGUUGGUUUUAACUCCUGAAGCCAUAUGUGAAGAAAAAUGUUCAAACGACCAAGUUUCUGUUGUGUCUGUGUUCCUAUGGUUGCCUACCAGUAUACCUUCUGAUGAAGUGACGAAAACAAAAAGUGAAACCAACUCUGACACACCCCCUUAUUUCGUAACCCCCCCUCCUGGCCAGUGUGGGUUAGCAAUUGGGACAGCUCUAAUACAAGGCACAAAAAGCACAAACACAACACCUUCUCCUAACAUUCGAAGGCCACAUAGGAAUAAUAAUAAUAAUCCUUCUUCCAUAAACAGCACAACCAUAGUAGCGACUCCAAACCAAGAAGCUUACGACAAUCAUGCAAUGGCGGUCAACACUGUGUAAUUUGUAUAAAGAUAAUUUCGCACUUUAUGUCUCGCGCACCGCUAUAAGUUGACAGCACGAAACAAAAACACAGUUUUGCGAGAUGCUGAUCAACUUCAUUGUUUUAAAAAGUUUGAUCAGCAUUUUGAAAACUUUAUUUCGUGCUGUAAUUCCAACUAAAGUUCUGUUUGAAUGCUUAAAAAAGCAGAACUAUAAAGUUAAGCAGAAGUAACCUAAAGCAAUUUCUAGAUAUUCUACUGAUGUUGCUACUAGUUAAACUUAAUACUUGAAAUGGCUUUCUGUUUUUUACAAGAAGAGCAAUUUGAAAUAUUAUAUAAUAUAGUAUGUCGCACACAUGCUGCAAUAGUAAACACAGAUACAGACAGUUGAAACUCAAGUCUCCUGACAAAGGUGCAAUAGCUGUGCACUCUAUUUUCCUUUCCUGUCGUCAUAGACUCUUUUCCGUCCCAAGACCUGAUAUGUAAAACUUAAUUCACUUUGCACUUACAGCGAGUAAUUCUUUUUCUUAAAUUAUUUUAGGUUUUGCAAAUAAAUAUAUUUAUAGUGAAA